UAGCCGACUUGGAUUAUCUCCUAGAUUUUAAGAGAAAUAACCAUCGCCAAGUUUGAAUUUGCUAAACCUUUGGGCUUUGCUGGCAGGAAAAAAGCAUUCCAUUUUUGGAGCAUAAAAUGGAUACAGAAGACAUGGGCUCAGGUAAACUAGGCCAAAUAUUGAAGCAGAUUUGGAGACAAAACCUGAUGCUAAGGCAGGCGCUCCAGGGCGAUGACCAUUGGGGAGGGGCUAGUGGGGCCACUUGGAUAGCCACAAUGGUCUUUCUGGGUCAAGAGCUCAGUGGAGCCCUUCACCAGCUCUUGGAGCACACUGCUGGGACCCUGCGCUCCACCUGCCAGCAACUGUAUAUACUGCUUGACAAGGAGAAUCACUGUUUCUGGAGACAAGAAAUCAUUACUUUCAUAGACUGCCUCAUGAAAAUAAAUGAAUAUCUGGGGAGCACUGUUACGCUUCUAAAGAGAGAAGAAAAGGAGAUGUGUAAUUUAUGUGGCAUGCGUGAUGAAUGUGAUCCACUGCAGACAAUGCCUGCCAUUCAAGAUAUCAAAGCAGCAGACAUUGCUGCAAGAGAGGAACAAAAUGUCAUAGAAACAGCUACUGUUUCUCCUGCAGAUGGAGAAGAAAGUCAUUACACAAACCAGGUCCAGUUAAAACAAAAUAAAACACAUAUGAGUUCAGAAAUAGUGGAAAAAGAAAACAAGACAUCAUUGAAUGGAGAUGGAACGGGGCAAGAAGAGUCACAGAACAAAAUGUUCCCAGAUAAUCCAGAAGUUGAAGAUAAUAAACAAAAAGAACACAUGACUGUUGAGAACAUAAAUGGCAGCAGGGAAGAGAUGCAUGACGUAAUCCAGACAACAGAAAGAGAAAUUCAAGGGACCUCAGAAAGUCAAAGAGAAGAGAUUACCACAUCCUCAGUAACAUGUGAUAUCUCCAAUGAAUAUGUGAAUAAUGUUCUUCCCAAUGAUUCAGAGAGUCUAAAGCAAAAGAAUAACAUAAUGGAAAAGGAGUAUCUUCAUGUGCUGAGUGAUGAUACUGGCCCCCAAGUGUCUUGUUACAUUACAGCACCAGCAUACGUUCUACAACAUCUAGAAUGCCGGAUAAUUAAUAGCAUGAGUUCUUUAAUAGUGAGUGAUAAUGAAGAGUUGGUCAGCAAUGUCAUCACUGUUGAGUGCUUAGAUAUGGAAAAGAGAAUUCCAUUUCCAAUAUGCAUUGCAAUUCCUUUUACGGCACGUUACAGGGGAAAUUACAGAGACAUCAUGGUGAAAGUGUCUGAUGUAAACCUUCAGACAAGUUACCUAACCCCAAAGGCACUGGAAAGACCACGAGGAAGUUACAAGGGGACCUGUGCUGAAGUGAAAGUUUACAAGUUGGGUAUCUUUUCUGUUGUGUCUUGUUUAAAGAAAGAGUCCUUCACAAUAACAAAGAAAGGCCUUACUCUUAAGCCAAGCAUGGAUUCUCGAAUAUCCUUAAAUUACCCUCCAGGAGUGUUCAACUCGCCAGUGCUUGUACAGUUAAAGGUCCAACCAGUUGACCCCUCUCUGGUGGCAUAUUUAAAAACACAGCAAGAUACUUCCUACCUGGUACUAUGCACAAGUCCUCUGAUUCAUGUUCAGCACCCAUCAACACACCCUUUGCAGGAGCCAGUCACUGUAUUCCUACCUUGUUCUCCACAGCCUGAUAAAAAGAAUCUUAGGUCUGAGAUAGAGCCUAAAAGAACAGCUAGUGCCACAACAAACAAGAUUAUACCUUUAUACCUCAACAGGACAAAAAGUGCCUCUAUAAGAAAACCUGGGAACAAUACCUGUGAAUGUUUGAAAUUACUGGGAAUCAGAAGCCGAGACAGCGGUUGGUUUGUGCUUGAUGAUGUUGUGGUGAGAACGAUGCAGAGUGGCUUGAUAUCAUUUGAACUGUGUGAACAUUUAGAGAGAUUCAUUGUGCUUCACCUGUCUUCCAUUGUGGACAAUAGCCAUUUGGUUUCUUUUGUGAAAUCUUUAGAGGAAGCCAUGCUCAGCACCACCGCCUGCAUUGUACUGUAUCAUCAGAGAGACAAUCCACACAGAGUUGUUAUUUUAGUGGUGCCGUCUAAAGAUUUAAACCAGGUGCUCAGGAACUUGCGUUUGGAAGCAUUCGGCAGUCCUCCAGAGCCCUCUCGUCAUUUCCAAGUAAAAGAAGGAGAACAACUUCUUUUAAGGUUUACUGGAAACAUAUUUGCUUCAAGCAAUGGGAGGGAUUAUGGAAAAGACCACAAGCUUAUUUUUCAUUUACAAAGAAAACCCAGGGUGGAACUCCAAAUCAAAGAGGUGGAUGAAUUUGGAAACUAUAGCUGCCCUCAUUAUAAGGGCACGAUUGAGGUUUAUAAAGUACCCAAGGAAAAGACAGACCCCAGCUUGGAUCAGUCUGUUACACUCAGUGAGAACAAUGAUCAGCUGCCAAUUUGCAAAUUAUCGUUGAGAUUGCCAAAGCAUGAAAAAUUAAUCAACCAUCCACAGAGAACCAAAAGAAUUUCUACAGAUCCUCUGGACGCCCUGUGGGAGAACUUGCUCUACUGGCUGGCGGAGGAGCUCUCGGAAGAAAAUGCCGUGUGUCUCUCCUCAUCCCUCCCUCUGCGCCGCAGCACCAUUCAGCUCAUCAAACUGAAGAACCCCGAUGAUCUCACUGAACAGAUCCACGCACUCCUUUGCUCCUGGAAAAAAUCACUCCCAAAUUCCACCGAUAAACUCCGCCUUCUGGCUCGCCAUCUCCGCAAGAUCGGCAGGAGCGAUCUUUCAAAAGAGCUCAAAUUCAAGUGGGAAAAUAAAGUGUUCACUGAACCACAGCAGUGGUUUGCUAUGGCAGAGUAAUGCCAGCUUGCUCCUUCUUUUGCCCUAGAAAAAGGUCAGAGUUGGUUUUAAGAUUGUUUCUGUCAAUAUUUUACCAGCAGUUCUCAAGUAAUGUUGUUUGAAGUGAAUCUUUUUGAUUGAUGUGCUGUUGAGACAAGCGGAGAAGCACUAAUCAGGCCAUAAGAAGCAUUCCUGGGUUUGAGCGUCCUUCAUGGUUCAGAGAUGCAUGUUCUGCAAGCAUGGUUGUCUUGAGUUCAGCCAAACCAAAUAGCGUUGUAAUCGAGUUUGCCCUGCUUACAUUUUAAUAGCUGAGGUUGCUUUCUAAGUGAAAAGGAAAGAUAAUGACAUGCAGAAUCCCUUUUUUUUAUUGCUACCUACAUAAAAGUAAACUAGUUAUGCAGGAUUCCAAGCAACUAAUUCACAUUAUGCGCAUACCAUGGAGCCCGCAGGUAACAAUGAGAAAGAAAUUGGGCUGCAGAGCCCUGGUGUGGAAGACGGCAAAUCACUUUAAGAACACAGACAAGCUUGAUUAAAAUUAAAAACAGAGUAACACUUCAACCAUUUACUGCCACAAAUUUUUCUUUUAUUAAAAACGUAGCUUGGAAUAGGGAAAAUCUCAUAUUUUAGUAUGAGUGAAAUGAGAGAGUGCACAGAAAAUGAAACAUCAGUGAAAGAAUUCAGGGCCUUUUUCACCUGCUUAGGAAAACAACCUGCUUUCAAAUCAGUUUGGCAGAAACCUUAUUACUUAAGCUCUAUAUGUGCAUCAUUAAAAAAACCUACCUGUAAAAAACCCCAAAACUAAAAUAAAAAACUAAUAAUCCCAAUGCCCUCUAUCAUUGAUAAUCCUGAUCCUGUGUAGCAUAUAAGCUUUGAGACCUUGGAAAACCUAAAGCACUGGGGCUCCCCACUGUGAUACCCGUGGGGGAUUGCUGUUACCAAAUUGCUGUUACCAAUUCGUUAAUGCAAAACCAUCGGGGCCUUGACCUGCAAACAUCCGUAGUGAUUUGUUUAUAUUAUUGAAUAUCUGAAAAUUAAUGAAAUUGGAUGGAACAUUAAAUAUUUAUAUGGUUUUGAAAUGUAAAGACAAGAUUUCCUUCUACAAAUUAACCAGGGACUUAGAUGUCUAUUUGGUUAUAUAUUGGAAAAGAGGACUCCAAUUUUCCAACACAUUCCUAUUAAGAAACAUUUUGUUAGUCAAGAUUUGUAUUAUUUUUACAUGUUUCCAGAAAGGUACAAUAUUUUUCAUGUGUCCUUGGAAUGAAGGAAACACUGAAAUGUUUAUUGUUCUUAUGACUACAAAAUAACAAAAAGGUAAA